GCUCGCGCACACGAUCGCAUCCAAAAUGGCGACUCCCAUGCAUAGAUUGAUCGCUCGACGGCAAGCGGAGGCAAACAAACAACAUGUUCGCUGUCAGAAAUGUCUAGAACAUGGACACUGGUCCUUUGAAUGCACUGGGAAAAGAAAGUAUCUAUAUAGACCUUCCAGGACAGCUGAGUUAAAAAAGAAGCUGAAAGACAAGGAGAACAACCCUUCAGAUAAUUUGGGACCUGGAAGUACAGCACGCAGUGAGAAAAAACCCAAGAAAAAAAGGUCCUCUUCCAGCUCGGGCAGCAGUGAUUCGUCAAGCUCCUCCGGUGACUCUUCCUCAGACAGCAGCGAUUCCUCCAGCUCCUCAUCCUCGUCUGAAGACAGCAGCAGUGACAGUGAGGACAGCUCCAGCCCUUCCUCAUCCUCGUCCUCCUCCUCCUCGUCUUCCUCCAGCUCUGACUCCGAUUCCUCGAGCAGUUCGGAUCAAGGCCCUCCGAAAAAGAGAAAAAAGAAGAAAUGAUUUGAUUGUCGUACAUUGACUGUUCUGGUGGUGAACAUGUGAUGAUGUUUGUAAAGAAACUGAGAUAUAUAUUGUUAUCCUGUUUUGUAAAAUGUAAAAAUCCACUAUCACAUUCUCUUUUUUACCUCGAGACAAAUGCAACUUUGUUUUUCCGUCUUGUAGCAGUGGUAUCUCAAACCUAUAAAUUAAAAUGCGGUAAUGAUCUACUCAUUCACACUGAAGCCAGUUGUGGUUUUUUUAACAUAAAUGUUCUGUUUUUGCUACUUUUUAGUUUGGUUUUGAACUUUUUCAAGAAGGAAUGAUGCUAUAAAAAAACAGGCUGGGGUGUUUUAACACGGUCUUCAUUUUAAGAUGAAAUAAACUCAUUUGUUACAUGAAGAAAUGUUUCUUUUGUUAGUAAUCUUGUUAAUAUUGCAUUUAAGCCACAAGUAAUCUUUCUCAUCGGAAUAUGAGGCAAAAUGUUUGAUUCGCAGCCAUGUAUUUGUACAGAUUGCUUCAUAAAAUAUUUAUAAAGCA